AUGACAACUGAUCAAUCUGAUGUUCAAUUGGAAACAUGCGCCGAUGUGAUAGAGCAGUAUAACACAAAACUAGACGAACUUGUGAAGCAAAUAAUCAACAGCAAAAACAUAGCCGAUGUCGACAUGAAAAAUGUUUGGCAAAAGGCUUUGAUAUUAUGGAGGACAGCGAUGGAAUAUAUGAUCGAUUCUGCGGCUGCGAGCGAUGCUGCAUCAUACGCAGAUUGCUCGUAUAUAUUUUACAACAAAAUUUUCAUUGGUUUAGAUUUGGAAAAUCGACUAGAAAAAGAUGGACCUCUUUGCUACGAAAUGUUCUAUUCCUCUCUUGAUUUGUUAACCGUGCUUGUCAUCGAUCGACAUCAUCUGACCAACGACGACAUUAGCACGUUCCAAAAUAAUACUAUGAACAAUUAUUUCUAUAUUUCAAUGGCCUUGUGCAUAUCGGCUUGUAAUUUUGUUCCGUUUGAUGAUAGACUAGUCAACGAUUAUAUACCUUUUUUCAUCAACUUGAAAGCUUAUGCAGAUAAGAAAGUUGCUAGUGAAUUAUCGUCCGGAAAUGAAGGAUUUGAUCGGGUUACAAGUGAGAUCUUGAUUUUAUUUUGGUGUAUGGCCAAUCGUACAAUACUCGUUCCAUCGAUGAUUCGUCUCGAUCUACCAAAACAUGCGGUGAAAUGGCUGAGUGACUCGGGUUAUUUGAAUGCAGAAGCAACCGAACCGCUUAUUCGAAUUAUUUACAAUAUGGCACGGCAUGAUGACGGUGCCGAUGAAUAUAAUAAACUCGGAGCUCUAGAAAUCGUCAAACAGUAUCAAAGAAGAGACGAAAUUGCACAGAACAAUAAACUAUCGUUAUGUUGUUCUUUGGCCAUAGCUCUGUUAUCAACACCUGAACAACUUAAAGAGGAUCAGAAAGGUAUGAACACCGUGCUCGACCAAUUAUUACAGUUAACUAUGGAAGCUGCCGGUAAUGAAGAUUUCACAUGCGUAAAUGUUCGUUAUCAUGUCGCACAUCUCGUCGGUGUCUUGGCAAAGCUAUUCGUAGUAGAUGAACGAACAGUCGAUUACAUAAUGUUGCAUGCCGAAACCGAGCCAUCAUUGAACAAGGCUUCCACAGUGAAACUGUUUGCCGAUCUUCUUAUUGCUUUUAGUGAUUUAAUCACGAGUACAGAUCCUCUCAAUCAAUUCUCGUGCAUCGCUCUUUACAAUAUCGUUUGGAGUAUUUCAUUCCAAGGAGAAUAUCAAGAGGAAUUGAAAAAUAAUACACAGUUGAUAGAUACUAUCAAGAGAUUGGCAACGGAUGAACAUAGUCAAACGUGCGAUCAAUACAAACCUCGGGCUAUGCAAAGCAUAAAAAAGGCGGCGGAUGGUAUUCUUUACAAUUUACACAUGGAUGCGACAUCACAAGAGGACCAAUCCAAGAAAGCUUUGCAUCGUAAAACUAAAGAUAUCAAAGAAUCGGAUAUGUUUUCUAAUAAGAAAGAUCGAUCAACAACGGAUGAUAGUUUACCACUCGUGAUGUUUAGUUAUGCGCAUAAGGACGACAAAUUUUGUUAUCAGAUUCUGAAAGAAGUUGAACGAAUGAAUGAUAAGUUGAAAGUCUGGAUUGAUAUUCAACACUGCGCGACGGGAGAUCUAUGGGAAAAAAUUGCCGAUGCUAUCGAAAAUGCUGAUGUUAUUCUUUGUUUUAUAUCAGAAUACUAUCAGCAAAGUAAAUCAUGUCGACAAGAAUUUAUCUAUGCUGUUGAUGAUUUACAAAAGCCUAUUAUUCCUAUUUUGAUUGGCGAUUAUAAACCAAAAGGUUGGCUGGGUAUGUCGAUAGUUCUUUCGCUAAACUAUGCCAAAUAUUCCAAUUAUCAUAUAGGAAUACGAAAAGCCGGAAUGAAAUAUGUUCGAUUUCGAAAUCCGAGUGAACCGAACGAGUCGAACAUGAAAGAUUUGAUUGAACGAAUUCAAGCUGAAAUUUCACACGACAAAAAUAUCAUCAUAUCGUCAACAGCACCUGUACAUCAUGAGGUACCUGCAGAACCUACGUACCAUGAGACCCCUAAAGCACCUGUACACUAUGACGCUCCUGUAGAACCUGUACACUAUGACGCUCCUGUAGAACCUGUACACUAUGACGCUCCUGUAGAACCUGUACACUAUGACGCUCCUGUAGAACCUGUACACUAUGACGCUCCUGUAGAACCUGUACGCCGUGAUGCUUCUACAGACCCUAUGCCACAUGAAACUCCUAUAGAACUCAUACAUCAUGAAACUCCUAUAGAACUCAUACAUCAUGAAACUCUUAAAGAAUCUGCGCACAGCGAAAAUCCUGCAGAACUUGUUCCAUCCAAAAGUCCGGUACAAGAAACUUCAUCUGUUACCGUUGACCUACCUCCUAUUGACAAAUGGGCAGCUAGUGACAUUCGUCGUUGGUUUCAACAAGAAGGAAUUAUGGAUGAAAUUUAUGACUUAUAUCGAUUUCGAUCAGGACUCGAAAUGCUUGAUUAUGCACAAAUUCUAUCAAAAGAUCGAUAUGAACAACGAAAAAUAUACUCACAAAUCUUUAAAUACAAACAUCGAGAUCAGAUUCUUCCACCGCAUGAAUUCCAUCGGUUUGCUAAAGCAAUGGCUCGACUACUAAAAGAGAAUACUAUCGAACAAAAGCCACCAGAACAAUCAUCAACUUGUACAAUCUUAUAA